UCUACGGAGCAGGAGCGAAACGGAAAAUCCGUCUUCGGCAAUAAGCAUCAAGAUCAGUCCCGGUGCCAAUCUGGAGCUGUUUAUACGGACACAUUUGGCACGGCGAUCUUUUAUGCAAAAGUAACCGUUUUAGAGGCAGAUCGAGCGGAAACGAGAUGUUUUUGUAUAAGGGUUAGAAGUGGAACUUGGGUAGGCGAAGUCUUGGGCGUAUCUCCACUUUUGUUCAUAUAUUGUCGAAGUGGAAAACAGCCGAGGCUGAGCGCAUCUGAUCUUCCCCGAGCGCUCGGUGCUGAUGAGGGCUCUGUCGGCGUGAUCCGUGCGCGAUGGCCGCUUCGAGCGGACAGAAGAGUGAGAAGUUAGAUGAAGCUCAGGCUCUAGCGAGGAGUUGCGCAGGGCGACCGGACUUUCUGCCCUGUGAUGGACUAUCCAUCUGCGCCACACACAGCCACGGGAAGUGUUUCAAGCUGCACUGGUGCUGUCAUCUGGGCUGGUGCCACUGUAAAUAUGUCUACCAACCCAUGACCAGUGUAUGCCAACUUCCCAGCACGUCGGUUCCAUUUGCCCCCUCAGGUCACACCCACACCAUGAACCUGUCCAUCUCCCUGGCUGAGCGCUUUCUCAGGACGGCCCCCAAAUUCCAGGCUCCACCCUGCCCAGAGUCGCCCAAGUUCUGCGUCAUCUCUGAGCUCUUUGUGGAUGAUUACAUGGUCAAACGUAUCAAUGGUAAGAUGUGUUAUGUGCAAAGGCCGCCUCCCUCUACACCAAAUCCCACACACCAAUCCCAAACGCUGGCACCUCAACCUGCACCCCAACGUACCAACAAGCACACAAGGCAAGCGGGCCCAACAAUUAAACACGGCCAACCAAACGAGAAGAUCUCAGGCCCUAAAAUGGACCACUGCUCCUCUCCCUCCAGCUCAGAAGACUCUGGAAUCAAUGCAUUGGGUCUGCACUACAUGGAAUCAUGCGAUGAGGACUCCUGCGUGGAUGAUGACGACGAUGAAGAAGAGGAUGAUGAGUUGAGUACCGAUGGGGACUCCAGUCCUGGUAGCCUCUGGGACCAGGAUGAGUGCACUUUACUGUCACCGUCCAAAUCAAUGGUUGAGAUCAUUGAGAAGAUCGAGACUACGGUUUGACGUGCCUGUCGGUUAAUACCACAGUUGGAAUUUCUCAGUCUCGGAAACACUUCCCUACACUAUUCUAUUUGCAGGUGCAUGAGUUCAAUGAGCCAGUGCAAGCACACGCUCCCUGUUAUGGCAGUGCCAUCCGAGGUUGUCCCAGAAGAGCCCUCGAGAGAUGAGUCAUGGCAACUUCUCUCCUGUACUUACUACAACUCUCAUUUUCCCUGUAGUCCCUUACGCAUGGUGAGGCUAAUGUAGGUUACACGCAAGUAAAAGUGCACAGACAAACACGUAUCGUGAGAACUUUGACCAAAUGGGACUCGAUACUCGAUAAUAGAAUAUUUCAUGGAUGAACAGAUGAAAGUCAAACUCAAAAAUAUGAGGCUAUGUCUCUCCUUAGAGGGUUCAGACACAAUCUGUCCAAUGCAUAGAAACGGAAGAGGGGAUGGCUGAUGCAAUAUGCAGAGAUCUAGACUAAGGCGGUCUCUGUGUGUGUUAGGAGGAUGGAGAGUGCUACAAAGAUAGAAUGAGAAAGAGUGAGGGAGAGAGAGUCUUUCAACGUCCUGUUAGCAGAAUCAGUCAGAACAGUGGCUAAAUCAUGCAUGAGCUCAGAGGACGGUAAUGAAACUUUGCGAUGAAAAGAGAUCGAGGCUCGUGCUUGAGGGAAUGCCCCUUUUCUCAAACUCUCUCACACGCUGAGAUUCCCUAGAGGCACAGCCAAGGGUACAUUACCAGACGUUUCUCGUCUGGCACCAGACUGUGGGGCGGACCAAUCCUCCCAUCGUCACAGUCCUUAAAGUUUGUGUCUUCUUUAGCAGUGGAAAACAACUUUUGACAAUCAGUUAGGUUGCAGAAGAGUGAUAAGGGAAAAAAAUUGCAUUGCUCUUCCCCCAAGAAUCCCAUUGUGGUCUAUGCUCCAUUUUGUCAAGCCACUUUAAACUAUGUGGUGUAUCAUUGACAAAGCCAGAGGAUUGCUUAGGGGCCGUUCACACAAGAUGAGUUUUUGUGUGUCCUGUUUUUUAAUUGUUGGUCUACAUAAUUAUGCUAGACAGAUGCUAUCGUUCCCUGAUGUUUUUCUCACAGCUGCAUUUUUAAGAGUUCACCCAAGCAUUACAAUUCUGUCAUAAUUUACUCACUGUCAUGUCAUCACAAACCUGUAUGACUUUCUUCUGUGAACGAUUUUGAGAAAUGUUAUUUGUAUGUGUUGUAAAUGGAAUUUGGAAGAUGCUUUUUGCAAAACAAUUUACAUUGAAUUGGAGGUAUACAUGCAGGUAACCAUUUUAUCAAACCCAUAACCUUGAUGUUGCUGGUAGCAUGCCUGAGCUACAGGAAUGCUAUAAACCAGCUUUCAGGUCAUUUCUGCUGGCCCUGUCUAGCUGUAUUUAACGCAAGAACGCAUCCUGUGUGAAGGGCCCCUUAGUGUCACUUUGAGAUUUUUGAGAUCUUCACUGGCUGCAACAGUUUCCGUUUUUUUAAGGGUUUAAGAACAUGGCCUAUUCAGACUUGCCAGAACAUCUCUGGGCCUAAUUUUUCCAUUGCAUUCAAACUUAUCUUAUUAUAUUAAGACCACAACUAUGUUACCUCCAAAUACACAAGCACAGUUAUAGACUGUCCCAAAAUGUAAAAAAGAACCAGCAUGUCAAGCAGUGCUUCUUUGCCUUGGUUUAAGCACAUGAAACCGUUGCUAUCACUGCUGAGGUGGAAUACAGUCCUAAAUGAAAUAUCAGUCACACAGGGAAUUCACACAUAAAUGUCUUGCAGUACAUUUUUAAAGGGAUUACAACUUAACCAAAAAAAUGGAAAGUUAUGACAAUAAAUUUGCUAAUUAGGGGACUAUGAGCUGAGACUGCCAAGGAUGUACUGACUGGAUGAAAACCUAGUGAACCCUUUUAAUGAUCCAACCUUGUUUAUUUCAAGUAUUGGCUCAAAGAUGUUAUACUAGCUUGCUGUUUGCCAAACCCAUGUAAUAUAUAAGCACAUAUGUAACUUCACUGCCUGAACAAAAAUAUUAAUUUUGGAGUUCCUCUGAUCACGGAAGGACUAUGAUCCAUAGAUGGUGCAGGUGUGAUUCUCUCCUUGUUACUGAAUGAAUGAAUAUAACUAUCCCUGUCUCUGCAGUUUUCAUAUCAGGGACUGAUACUGUAGCUACAAAUAUAUACUGUAGACACACAAAUGUUUAUCAAAUAUUAAAAUAUACCCUUUUUCUUUUCUUUUUUUUUCUUAUAUCAACUAUUGUUAACUCACCUCUUAUUUUUUUCUUAUAAAGAAAUUUAGAAAAUAAGAAAUGUUUCUGUCUUUCAUUCUGAAAAUAUACUUGUGCAUUUUGGUUGCUUCCAAACUUUACCAUUAAGUGUUAAUAUAUUUUCACAGAAACAUUCCUCAAUGGAUCUUCAACUGUUAAAGGCUAACUACGUUGGCCUUUUAAUCCUUGAUAAUCCUAGAGAACUUCCAGUUCAAUUUAUCACCUUCAUUAUCAGAAGAGAGGAUAUUUUGGAAUCAUAGAGGAACAGUUAGCAGAGAAACCCGUUUGAAGCCAUCGAAGCAGUGAGACCUUACGCCUUCUUGGAAAACAGAUGGGUGCUAACAGGAAGAGGCUCCAUGGAAUACAAGCCUGAACCAAUGAAAUAACUUGCGUCUCUCUUAAAGCUAAUUAAUUUACAUCCAGAACAACAUAUAUCAAUGCUUCUAAUUAAAGGAAUAGUUCACCCAAAAAUGAAAAUGUACAGAAAAUGUUCUCACCUUCAGGCCAUCCAAGACGCGUUUCUUCGUCUGAACAGAUGUUGAAAAAUUUAGCAUUAUAUUAUUUGCUCACCAGUGGAUCGGCUGCAGUGAAUGGGUGCCAUCAGAAGACGCAGAUACUUGUAUCAUAUAUCCGAUAUCAGCAGAUGUGGCAUUGAUUGACAGGGAGGAAAGACAGCACAGAAAGCUCCUCGCACAAAGUUACCUGCUAGGCCACAGUUUAUUUGCAAUUGAGAGUGGAAUGUAGAGCCGGCACAAUCCUUUAAAUGAGCACCAGUGAAGUGAAAUGCCUGUCAUCUCAGCUACAAACUGUGAAUAAAAAUAAAAAUAAAAAUGCGAUACUACAGAUUUAAACUAAUAAAUUAUUUUAAAUAAAUUAUUUGCAAUUAUAAGAAAUAAACUCUUAGGCUUAGAAAAUAGGCUUCCAUAAUUUCUUGUACUACAUGUGCAUUUGUAUUGUAUUCCCAUUCCUUAAAACAUACACAUUUUCGGUUCCGUUUUUUGGGGCAGUGGCUGAUGCCCUGAGACACAGUGGGACCACAAUCCAUCCUUGGACAUGGAUCAUUCCAAUUAUACUCUCUAAAGUGCAUUUAAGUAUAGACAACUUUGUUUACAUCAUGAUAAUUAUAAAUUGAGUGUCGACAUACACAAUCAUUUAAAAGUCUUGGGUUGGUAAGAUUUUUUUAAAAUGUUUUGAAAGAAGUCUCAUCUGCUCAUGCAUUUAUUUGAUCAAAAUACAGUAAAAACAGUAAUUUAUUAAGUAUUAUUACAUUUUAAAACGGUUUUCUAUGUGAAUAUAUAGUUUUUGUUAUCAUUGUUGAAAAUGGUUGUGCUGCUUCAUAUUUUAGUGGAAAACCAUGAUAUUUUUGCUCAUGAUUCUUUGAUGAAUAAAAAGUAUACUUUUAAA